AUGAUAGAAAGCACAGCAGCAGAAGAUGACACAUCGUUUACCAAUGCUAGGGAAACGAUGAUAAAACUGUUAGAUAGAAAACUUUCAGAUCAUGUACAAAGUUUGAAAUCUUCAUUAAUGGGAACAGAGUCAUCGAAAAGUGAUACACCAACAGGUAGACCUCAAUUACAUUCAAUAAUUACACAAGUUGAUAACGGUGGUGAAGAACAACUUUUAAAUUCACCUGAUUCAUCAUAUUGGGGAGGACGUAAUCAAGAAACAACAUCAGAUAAUUUUUAUGCAGCAGAACAAUUUACAAUACAUAAUCCACCACAAGAAGAAAUACCACCACCGGAACAUGUAGUAUAUAUUCAAAGUUUAGGAGGAGCCAAAGCUUGGGAAUGGGAUCCAGAUGAAACAUUAUUAAGACAAGAAAUAGUUUCUAUUAUGGAUGAUAGUAAAAUAAUUAAAUUUAAUAAACGAUUAGAUGCUAUGGUACAAACAAAUUAUCCAUUUUUUAUACCACAAACAGAAGGAGAUGUAGUUUAUGAAGCGCCGUUUAGACAACCAGAAACUAUGCCACAUAGACAAGGUCAGAUGUUACAUUAUUUUGAGAUAACGGUUCUUGCAAAUCCGGAUCCGAGAAAUACCAUUAUCGCCGUAGGGCUGGCUACCAAGCCAUAUCCAUCUUUUAGGUAUUUAUAA